UGUGGAGCUGCUGCUGCUUGCGCCUCGUCUCCCAGCUCUGAGCACCGGCCGUGCUCCCUGCUCCUCCUCUUGCCUCCGCAGCUUCUCUGGGAAUGCUGCGAUCUCGCAUUUGAAGGUCCAACUCCGGCUCUUGAAGAGGACGCAGAGCUGGACCUUUCCAUGCUUGCUUCGACGCACAUUUUUACGCAUGAAUUGAUUCGCUCUCAUCAUUCCAGGCGGACCGCGCGGAUUUAAGCUUCUGUUACAUGCUGCCAUCCAAAGGAAUCCCGUAAUGCUUGGAAAAGAGUGACUAAUGUGACCCCUGGACCUCCCUGCUGAGCAGCUGAGCAUCAUGGGAUGUGGCACUUCUGUUGCUACUGAAACUCAAGUAAAGCAACUGGAAACAGAUGAAGCUGUUAAAAGCCCCAGCCCGGCACUCACAAUGAAGGCAGCUGUUUUGAUCCAGCGGUGGUACCGGCGCUACAUGGCCCGACUGGAGGUACGAAGGAGGUACACCUGGAACAUCUUUCAGUCCAUCGAAUAUGCCGGAGAACAGGACCAGCUACAGCUGUCCAGUUUCUUCACUUACAUGCUGGACAAUUUCACCCACCUUAACGGAAACGGGCCUGACUUGAUCUCCCAGCUGCUGGACCCCGUCAUCGACCCCUGGUUAGACAGAGAGACCUGCUACAAAACAAUCCCCAUCCCAGAGUCUUACACCGGACCUCGUAUUUUGUUUCCUCUGUCUGUCUCUGAUACAAACGCCCUCUUGAGUGCUUUUAAAGAGCAGCAGAUUCUACAUGCCAGGUACGUCCUGCAGCUGCUGUACGAGAGCAAAAAGCUCCUCAAACAGAUGCCGAAUAUUGUCCAUUUGUCAACGUCCUACACCAAGGAGAUCACCAUAUGUGGUGAUCUGCACGGCCGGCUGGAUGACUUACUUCUGAUAUUCUAUAAGAAUGGACUGCCUUCUGCUGAGACACCCUACAUCUUUAAUGGAGACUUUGUGGAUCGUGGGAAAAAGUCGGUAGAAGUGGUAAUCCUCCUAUUUGCCUACCUUCUGCUUUACCCAGACCACAUGCACCUGAACCGGGGAAACCACGAGGAUCACAUCAUGAACCUCAGAUACGGAUUUACAAAGGAAGUUAUGCAGAAGUAUAAGACCCAUGGCCGUGAGAUCCUCCAGCUGUUUCAGGACGUUUUUAGCCUUCUGCCCAUCGCUACAGUCAUUGAUGCAAAGAUCCUCAUUGUGCACGGAGGAAUUUCAGACCAGACUGAUCUGGAUUUGCUUGGCUCCAUAGAGCGGCACAAGGUGAAAUCCGCCCUGAGGUUUCCUAGACGCAGCUUGGAGCAGCUUGACAUCGGUCAAUCCCAUCGACUGGGCAAAAGAAUGAGGUCGACGGACAUCUCUCGCCCCAGCAGCAGUCGCAGCUACAAUGGGAACCACAGGACCCCCACUCUGAGAAAGAGGAGAUGCAGGCUGAGCCGGCAAGAUAGCGGAGCCUCAACUUCAUCGUCUUCAUCCUCAUCGUCGUCCUGUUCUUCGCUCUGCUCUCCUCGAACUCCCUCCUGCAUCUCACCCCAAACGUACCCCUCGUCUCCCAGCACACCCUGCAACGUCCUCCAGGUGCCUUUCCUGGACUCUCUGUCCUCUGUUCCGCUCCCAUCACUUCCGCAACAGGAACGGGAAUGGAAACAGAUUGUAGAUAUAUUGUGGAGUGACCCUAAAACCCAGGAAGGCUGCAGCCCCAACUCCUUCAGAGGUGGAGGCUGCUACUUUGGCCCCGACGUUACUCAGAGGCUGCUGCACAAGCACGGACUGCAGCUGCUCAUCCGCUCUCAUGAGUGCAAACAGGAGGGAUACGAGCUCUGUCACAGCGGACGGGUGAUCACCAUCUUCUCAGCAUCAAACUACUAUGAGGAGGGAAGCAACCGUGGUGCUUACAUCAAACUGGGAAAGGAACUGGUGCCUCGCUUCUACCAGUACCAAGUCAGCCGCACGACCCGCAGGCUUACCCUGACACAGAGAGUUCGUGCAGCUGAAGGCUCUGCUCUCAGGGCUCUAAAGGAGAAACUGUUCGCCCAUCGAUCUGAGCUGAUGACGGGCUUCUUGAAGUACGACCCAAAUGAAACCGGUUGUGUGUCAGUCGGUGAAUGGGCCAAGGUGCUGGAGUCUGUCCUGAGACUGGACUUACCCUGGCGGACACUUCGUCCACACUUAGUCCAUCUGGCACCAGAUGGCAGUGUUGAGUAUCAGUCCUGCUUUGAGGAUGUGGGACCAGGAGCUCCUCUGCCUCAGGUUGCUCCCACCUUGGCUGAAACUCUGUUCAGAUACAGAACCGACAUCGAGAUCAUUUUCAACAUCAUAGACAAAGAUCAUUCAGGUCUGAUCUCCAUUGAGGAGUUUCGCCACACCUGGCGCCUUUUCAGCGCUCACCUGGGGGUCGCCAUUGACGACAGAGCCAUCGAUGAGCUGGCCCGCAGUAUCGACUUCAACAAGGACGGCAGCAUAGACUUCACAGAGUUCUUGGAGGCCUUCAGGGUGGUCCACAAACUGGACAGUAAAGAUCAUCAACUGAGCGAAAACGCAGAUAAAGAGAAGUGUGCUUGAGUAUUUGAAAGGAGGCGAAAGAAAAGGAGACGUAAACUCGAUGCGAAGAGAUACCUGGACUCCUCCAAACUGCUGCAACCUCCAGUGUUAAGGUUCUUUUAAUGUCUGCUAUUUAUUUUUUUUGUUUAAAUAAAAAAAACACAUCAGGAGAAAAAAUUAACUUUUUUUUUUUCUUUCCUACAUUUACAAAUUCACAAGCAGUAUUUAUCCAGAACCACAUUUCCCAUGAAUGAAAAAAUAAAAAUAAAAAAUUGCUUCCUUUGAGUGCACCAUG